ACGAUCGCCUACCAUUACCAAUCUUUGAUGUGGUGCAGUCUUCAUUAGGAAGUUUAAUUUUAUUUACUUAAUCUUUAAUCAGAAAAUUCAAGUUUCUCUUUGCGGAUACGUUGGAAGCAAUUGCUUCAGUUAAAAUAACACUGUUUAUAAAUUUGAUAGGUUAUGUUGUGUUUUGUCUUAUAGUAUCAUAACCUAAUCUCAACGUGCAUCAUAUGCAAAUCAUAAACUAACCAAACAUGAUCAAGGAUUACAGUAACAACAUUUUAAUUAAUCUUCUCUGAAACUUUAUUACCACUUUUUACCUGUAAACACUAUAACAUUCUUCGAGCGAAGUAGUUCUCAAUUGAAAUGGCUUCUAUAAGAGUGAUAAAUUAUAUUUCAUGUAGAAGAUUAAUACCUAUUUCUGGUCUAUCAAGAGUACGUAUCUUUUCUCAUUAUGACCCAAUAUGCAAUGUUCCACAAAGUGUAUCAUUUUGCACAAAAAAGGAAUUAACAAAAGCUAAUGUCACCGAACAAGAGAAUAGAGUACAAGUUGGACUUGCGGAAGUAGUUAAAGAGAACACAAAAUCUUUUGCAUAUUUAACUGUAAUACUUGGGGGUCUAGGAAUUACAGGUGUAAUGUUUUAUGCAAUAUUUAGUGAACUAUUUUCCAGUAAAAGUGCAAAUAAUGUUUAUAGUAAAGCAUUAGAAGAUUGUAAAAAAAAUAGUAAAGUGAGGGAUGCUCUUGGAGAACCUAUAAAAGCCUAUGGUGAAGAGUCCCGACGUGGACGCCGUUCUCAUUUGAGUCAUAUAACCUUCACGAAAGAUGGAGUGAAACACAUGAGAAUGCAAUUCUAUGUCCAAGGUAUACGAAGACGCGGUACAGUGUCCUUAGAAGUGCAAGAAAACGAAUCUGGCUAUUACGAGUACAGAUACUUAUACGUAUUAAUAGAUGAUAUAUUUCAAACUCUUAUAAAAAUAGAAGACAACAGGGACAAGUCUACGAUUCCCACUACCAACACAGAGUUCGAUACAAUCUAAGGUCCUUAAUUCACCGGUGUAGUAUGUUUAAUACAUCGUGUACACGUAUGAUGCUAAGUAAUCAGUUUGCAUCAUUUAAUAUCGAUAUUCUUUUAUGAAUAAAACUGUGAUACUCAUGGGUAUAAUAC